AUGCUACUUUCGUCAGGGACGGCAGGCCUGUCGAGGCCUCUGCAGACUCGAGGGCUCUCUUUGGCCACCACCAGCCUCGUUGCCGCUGCUCGGGCUGCGCAGCAGCAGACCGGUUUUGCUUCGCAGGCCGAUGUGCUCGGGCUUUUUGCUCCUCAAUUUCGCAACCGCACCUUCUCCAGUAGCAGCCAAAAGUCAGAUGGCCAAGGCAGAAGACGAGGAAAGACAUUCCUCAUUGUGUCGCCACGGAGGGGAUCGUCGCUUUCUCCUCUCGUCCUGAAGCGCUUCCAGCACGUUCAGCCACAGGAGACUCAUUCUUCAGGUCCUCCUCCCCCGCCACCUUCUAGAGGCCCAGGAAAGCAACAGAAGAGCGAGCAAACAUCAGAGACCAGGCCAAAGCAGGGACCGCUGUACCAGACGGCUGGCUCCACGCCGGAGAACAAAGACGCGCCAGUGUCAACGUCGGACAUCUCCCGAGUCAGCCCUGUGUCUGGCGUACCAGGGGCCGAACUUGGCUCCGAUGCCAACCAACUUAGUGCUUCACAGGCACUAUUGGCCGAGAAGCAGGAGAAGGAGCUCGAGGCAAAGGAGGCUGAAGAAAGAUGGAAGCGACAGCCAUUGGUCAAGCGUGCCUGGAUCAAGGUCAAGGAGGAGGCGGCCCAUUACUGGCACGGUACCAAGCUCCUGGCAAAGGAGGUCAAAAUCAGCGCCAGAUUAUUGAGGCGAUUAAUGCUCGGGUACAAUCUUACCAGAAGAGAGCACAGACAGCUCAAGCGUACGACUGCCGACUUGCUUCGUUUGAUCCCCUUCGUGCCUUUCAUCAUCAUUCCAGCAGGCGAGCUGCUGUUGCCCGUCGCCAUCAAGAUUUUCCCCAACAUGCUCCCGAGUACAUUCGAAAGCAAGUUUGCGGUCGAGGAGAAGCGGCGCGGCCUCAUCAAAGCUCGCCUAGAAGUGGCAAAAUUCCUCCAAGAGACGAUCAAAGAAGGUGGCAUCUCUCCUGGCGACAAGGUCAAGAGCUCCGAUGAGUUCAAGGAAUUCUUCCGCAAGGUCAGGUCGACCGGAGAAGAGCCGUCACCGGAAGACAUUAUUCGUGUCGCCAAGCUGUUCGAGGAUGAUCUCACGCUCGACAAUCUGACGAGACCUCAAUUGGUGUCCAUGUGCCGGUAUAUGCAGAUCAACGCGUUUGGAACCGACAAUUACCUUCGCUUUCAGAUCCGACACAAGCUCAGCCGCAUCAAGCAAGACGACAUGACCAUCUCUGCCGAGGGAGUCGAGAACCUGAGCCUGUACGAGCUGCAAAACGCCUGCCAGAAUCGAGGCAUCCAAACGCUCAACCUCAGCGAGGACAGGUUGAAAGAAGAGAUGUACCAGUGGAUCGACCUGCACCUGCACCGUCGUAUCAGCGGCAUUCUUCUCGUCCUGUCAAAGGCCUUCAACUACCUGCCUCAGGGCAGCGAAGAGGGAGAGAGCACUCAGCUCAAGAGCCUUGAGCUGACGCUGAGCAGCCUGCCCGACAACCUCAUAAGCGAGGCCGAGCUCAACGUCAGCAAGGACGCAGCUACCAACAAGCAGAGACUCGAGGUCCUGCAGCAGCAGGAAGAGCUCAUCGAAGACGAGGCCGAGCAGGAGCAUGCCGAAGAGGAGGCCCGGCGACAGGAGAAGGAGCGGAAGAUGGCCCGUCUCAGCCGAGAGGAAGAGGAAGCUCGUUCGCUCUUGCCCAAGCGCGAGGUCGACCCUGAUCCUCGGGAGCCCAAGAUGACCAACGAGCAGCUGACGGAGCUGGGCGAAGCGUUGAGUAUUCUCAGCGCCAAGUCAAGCGUUCUCAAGGAGCGCGAAGAGCUCGCCCAGCUCAUCCGCGAAGUCUCUGCCGGCGAAACCGACGACGAGGGUGUAUCCUUGUCGCCUGGAACUGCCGAAGUGGCGGCCAAGGGAGAGGCACAAGCUGGAGGACAAGGCGAUCAGAAGUCAGAAGAGAUGGCAGAGGCAGCGGCCAAGAUAACGACGAGCAGCACCACAUCGAGUUCGUCACGAAGCCUGGCCAAGCGUGUCAAGGCCAUGCUGCAAAAGAUUGAUGCUCAGCUCGAAGAGUACGAUCGUGACGUGGGCAGUCGCAUGAACAUCAUCGAGGCCAGCCCGGCAGGCAAGAUCAGCGUCGACGACCUCGAGCAGGCACUCCGACUCAUCAAGCACCGGCCAGAUGAGGACAUUCUCGAGAAGCUCGUCGACAAGCUCGAUGUCGACAACGAUGGACUUGUGCCUCUCGCCGAUCUCGUCGAACUCGCACAGCACGAAACAGGCUUGGGCAUCAUGCGAGAUGAGCAGGUCAAGGACAUCCGAGCCGAAGGCGACGCCCUUCGUGGUGAACGAAAGGACGAGCGCAAGCCGCGACGAGAGGACAUUGUCGAGUAA